AGCUUCAGAUCGAUAUCCAUUGCAACUCCUGCAAAGAGCUGAUCAUUUCGACUCUGCACUCCAGAGCGAUACACCUGAAUUGAUCACGAUGACGACGAUGCCUAAGGUGACUUCGGUUGUCAUGGCAGCCGUGGUCGGCAUGGCGAUGGUGUCGCUGGCCGCUGGGAUCUCUGGCACCGCGACUUUCUACACGCCUCCUUACAUACCGUCGGCGUGCUACGGGAACCAGGAGCAGGGGACGAUGAUCGCGGCGGCGAGCGACGUGUUCUGGAACGGCGGGGCGGCGUGCGGGAGGCGGUACGCGGUGACGUGCACGGGCGCCACCAACCAGGGCGUGCCGCAGCCGUGCACCGGCCGGAGCGUCACCGUCAAGAUCGUCGACUACUGCCCCUCCGGCUGCCAGGGCACCAUCGACCUCUCCCAGGAGGCCUUCGCCAUCAUCGCCAACCCGGACGCCGGCAAGAUCAAGAUCGACUACCGCCAGGUGUAAAUUCUACUAUCGACGUGAUGAAGUCCGCACGUAUCUAUAUAAAGCAAAUAAAAUGCAUCUCCAAAUGGUUGGAGCAAACGUAGAUUAAUUGUACCACUGGGAGAGUGAAAAAAUGUCUCCUGAUAUAUAAAUCAUUUCUGAUGAUUAAGAAAAAAAAUAUGUUACUAUGGAUGACUUGUCAUGUGGAUAUAUUAUGUGAGUGUCUUUUUACCAUCUUAAAAAU